GGAAAGGGCAGCUGAUUCCUUUUGGGAUUAGGUCUGGUGAGGCGGUUUCUGACCUAUUUCACUACGUUCUCUUUUGAUCUCCGCUAAAUCUUUCAGAUCCACAGACUGAAGAAACGUCUCCACCGUCAUGGGAGGCGGAGACCUGAACCUGAAGAAGAGCUGGCACCCACAGACCCUUCGCAAUGUGGAGAAAGUGUGGAAGGCUGAGCAGAAACAUGAGGCGGAGCGGAAGAAGAUCGAGGAGCUGCAGCGCGAGCUUCGAGAGGAGAGAGCCCGAGAGGAGAUGCAGCGCUAUGCCGAGGAUGUCGGGGCUGUCAAGAAAAAGGAAGAAAAGUUGGAUUGGAUGUACCAGGGCCCUGGUGGGAUGGUGAACCGUGAUGAGUACCUGCUGGGGCGCCCCAUUGACAAGUAUGUUUUUGAGAAGAUGGAGGAGAAGGAAGCAGGCUGUUCUUCUGAGACAGGACUCCUUCCAGGCUCCAUCUUUGCCCCGUCCGGGGCCAAUUCCCUUCUUGACAUGGCCAGCAAAAUCCGAGAAGACCCUCUCUUCAUCAUCAGGAAGAAAGAGGAGGAGAAAAAAAGAGAAGUACUGAACAAUCCUGUGAAAAUGAAGAAAAUCAAAGAGCUAUUGCAAAUGAGUCUUGAAAAAAAGGAGAAGAAGAAAAAGAAGGAGAAGAAAAAGAAGCACAAGAAACACAAACACAGAAGCUCGAGCAGCGAUCGCUCCAGCAGCGAGGACGAGCCUAGCCAGGCCAGAUCUCAGAAGAAGAUGGCAAAUUCCUCUCCUGUUUUGUCCAAAGUCCCCGGAUAUGGCUUGCAGGUGAGGGACUCUGGCCGCAGUCAGGGGCUGCAGGGUUCUCUGGCUGAGCAAAAGGGCAUGAAGAACCAUUUCCGGUCAAGAAGCUCCUCCCACUCACCACCCAGACUCGUCAGCAAGAAGAGCACCAAAGAAGAGAGGUCCCGGGACAGGAGGUCUCGAUCUCCAGGCAGAAGGUCCCGGUCCCGGUCCCCAAGGCCCAGCAAAUCGCAUGCCUCUAAGGUAAACAGGAGGGAGAGAGACAGCCCGUCACCUAAAAAGGAGGUCUACCAGAGGCGGCAUGCUUCCGGAUACAGCAAAAAACUCUCAGCAGAGGAACUAGAGCGGAAACGGCAGGAGAUGAUGGAGAAUGCCAAGUGGAGGGAGGAGGAGCGGCUCAACACCCUCAGGAGGCACGCCAAGGAAGAGGAGCAGGAGCGCAGGCUGGAGAGGCUGGACUCUCGGUCCGGCAAGUUCAUCCAGCGCAUGAAGCUGGAGAGCGCGUCUGCGUCCUCCCUGGAGGACCGGGUGAAGCGCAACAUCCAUUCUUUACAGCGAACGUCUGUAGCCCUGGAGAAGAACUUCAUGAAAAGAUGAAAACCCGUCACUCUUGAUGGUUCCCCUCAAUUUGCCAGGGAGCCUGCGGACUCCUUAAAUUUCUCUUUAUAAGAGUUCAAAUGUCU